AUGGACCAAUCGAUCCCACCCGGCGACAUCAUCACUCAGCCCAACUCGAAGCUCGUCUUCAACGCUCCCUUUGACAACAAGCACACCUACCACAUUAAGAUGAUCAGCGUUGGCAGUCGUCGCAUCGGAUGGGCCUUCAAGACCAACAACAUCGAGCGUCUCAACGUUGAGCCGGCAUUCGGAGUCUUGGACCCAAAGGAAUCAGUUCUUGUGGCCGUUUCGUGUGACGCGUUCGCCUGCGGUCAAGAGGACACCAACAAUGAUCGCAUCACCAUCGUGUGGGCCAACGCCCCCGACGGCGCCGCCGAGCAAUUCCAGCGCGAGUGGUUCCAGAGAGACGGAAUAGUGCGCCGAAAGAACCUCCCCAUCGAAUACAAUCCA